AUGCUGCUAGUGCUUCUGGCGCUGCCAGGCUUCUGCCUGCGCCGUCCUGCAUCCGUCAAGUUCUCGGCCUCCAACGCGGCGCUCCACGACGCGGUGUUCGUCAUUUUUGUCGGUUUCAGCUUUUCGUACCUCCUGCAGCUGAGCUCGCUCAAUCUGCUGACGUUGGUGCUAACCCCGCUGGCGUCGUGCUGCACACUUUACAUGUUCGACGUUCCGACGUUCGUGUCGCUGGAGUCGUCGCCGAUCCAUUGCAUGCCCCCCAAGCCGUUCUCCUGGCCGACGCUGAUGCUAGCCGCGCUGGUGUCGUCGCUGACGUUGUUCUGCACGCUCUUCCUGCUCGUAGAUCCGAAUCUCGUGUCGAUGGCGAUGUCCCUGCCAGCGUUCGCCUGCAUUGCGCUGCCGCUGGUGGCGAUCGUAUUCCUCCCGCUGCUGUCGAUGCUGAUGGCGUUCCGCACGCUCUACCUGUCCGAACUGUUGGCGGUCACCGCGGGGUUGGGCAGCCAUCCAUCCCUAGCGGUCCGGUCGUUGAGCCGUUGCGUCGCCAUGCGCCGCAUCGGUGCCAAGGAGGCGCGAUCGAUCCCGACCAAGACGUUCUGCGAGCGCUGGCGAGCCAUGCGGCGCACCACGCUGCCGCUGGUGGCGAACGACCCCGCCCCGAAGACCGCGUCUUGCACGACGCUGCCGCUGGUGGCGAACGACUCCGACCAGAGGAUCACGUCCCGCAUGCUGCUGCCGCUGGAGGUGCCCACCCCCCUCGCGCUGAACGAAUUCCGCAUGGCGCUGACGCAGAACGACGCCCGCGCACCGCUGUCGUUGGUGGCGAACGACCCGGCCUCGACGAUCGCGCCCUGCACGUCGGUGCCACUGGUGGCGAACAACCUCCCUCCGGUGAACGAGACUCGCACGAUGCUGCCGCCAGCGGCGAACGACCCUGUCGUGAAGACCCCGUCUUGCAUGAUGCUGAGGGCAGUGGUGUCGAGGCGCGCCCUGCGCAUCUGCCUGGCGACGCUCGCCCUGACCUCCUACCCGAACUGCUUCGACGCGCGCGCUGGUCCAGGCAGCAACGGCCUCGGUGCCAAGCCGACCAAGGCCGGAAAUAACCUCGGCGCGGACUUCUGCAUGGACGGCUCCUCCGCGACUGGGGCGCCGAGGAAUCGGCGCGCCAAGGCUCGCGACCAGCUCGCGCGGGUGGCGGGCGCGCAGCGCCGGUCCAUCAGCGCGGCCACGCGCCUGCUCGCGGGCGGCCUCCUGCGGACGACGGCCCGCGGCUGCAGCGAGCGGUGGCGAUUGGCAGUCGGCACUCGCACCUUCGGCAGCGCGCGCGGCCGCUCGCUGCAGGUGGACGUCGCGCUGUCCGCCGCGCCGCGUCGCGACCCCUUGUGCUCGCAAGCCGAGCUGGCGCUCCUGGCGCAUGGCCGCGGGUUCGGGCGGGCCCACCCCGACACCACGCACGACGUAGCGUGGGCGUGGCGGCACGCCGUGCAGGUUCGCCAUGAGAGCCGGCCCGCCGCGGUGGCGGGGCGCGGCACCGCGGCGGCGGCGCUGCUCGCCAUCGAGCGGCUUGGCUGGACAUCGACCGCGCUGCAGUUCCGGGCGACGGACAACGGCACGGCGCUGAAGCUCGGCCGCCGCCCGCGACGCGGAGCUCGGCCACGACGCGACCUGCGGCGCGGCGACCCGCGGUCGCCGGCCGCGGCUGGCAACUACAUGGCGACCCCCGAGCAAUGGGCACGACGAAGGUUCAGCACCCGCGACGCGGCGCUCGCCGAGCUCUGGCCUGUUGCCCGCCGAGCGGCGCUCGGUCGGCCGCUGUGCCGAUCGAGCGCCCGCCGCGCGGGACGCGGCGGUCGCGGUGCAGUGCGCCACCUCGCUUGGCGGCGCCUUGCUCCGGCGCUGGAGCGGCGCGAUGCCAUCGCUGGCGACGCGGCGAUGCAAGCCUUCGCCGACUGGCAGUGGAGUCCAACAGCGAGGACCUAUUCGAGGGCGCUAAUCCCCGACCCGACGGACGACCUCCCGCCGCCACUGGAGACGGAGGAGGCGCGGUGGAGCAGGGGCUUCUGCUACACCGCGCUGGCGGGCGCCGGCGCCCUAUGCGCCGACGGCUCGGACCUGCGCGGCAAGGCGGAGUCGCCCGAGGUGCGCGCCAGUUGGGGGCCGGCAGCGCCGCGGGACCGCGGCGCCGCGCACGGCGCCUGCAGGGGCUGCGCCCGCGCCCACCUGCCGCAGAACGCCCGCGCAGGUGGGAUAUUGGCCCCGCUGCCCGCGCGCGGGGGCCGACGGCGCCCUCGAUAUCAGGGCGAGCAGCUCCUGCGCCGCGGGCCGGGCAUGGCGCUGCACCGCCCGCGCAUGGAGGCAUGGCGCGAGUUCUGGCAGGCCGUGGGCGACAUCGGUGGCCCCCAGUGCGCUCGCGUCGCCAAGCGCCAGCCACAAAACUACGAGGUCAACAGGGCAGCCGCUGGCCUCGCCAAGCGGGACGCUGCGCUCCACCCCGCGAACACGGCGGAGGCAGCGUCGCGCGCAUCGCUGGUCGACGAGAUCGCGGCGGCGACGGCGCGCAGGCCUGGCGGGGCGCUGCAACUCGUGAACGCCGCCUUCACGGCAGCCGACGGCGCGGACGCCUCUACGGCGGAGCCCACCACGCCACCUGCUGCGGGCGCGGCUGCGGGCGGCGGGGGGUCGCGCGCUGCCGCGGCCGCGGCCCCAACUGCGGAAGCUGGCCCUGCGGGGCCCACGACGCGGCGGUCGCGGAGGCGCGCGCAACGCGCUGGCUCUGCGACUCCCGCGCGGACCGCUCGAGCGGCGCGCCCGCCCCUGGCUGUCACUCGGUCGCGGCGCCGAGCGGCGGCAGCGCACCCCCUGUUCACAACAGCGGCCUUGGGGCGCCGCGCCCGCCCGCUGCGGAAGCGGCCCAGCGGGGGGGCGGCGGCGCUCGGAAACGCGGCGUUGAGGGGUCAGGGCGCAGCCGAGCGGCGCGGCCGCUUGCGGGCCGAAUCGAGCGCGGGCCGCCGCGGCGCCGAGGCCACCAGCGCCGCGGCCGCGACGCUGGCCGCCGCCACGCGCGCCGCCCAGCCCCAUGGCGAGGCCCAGGGCGCCGAUGGCGGCGCGGAGGAAGGCAGCAGGACGACGGGGGCUGAGGGCCCGCCUGGCCCCGCGGGCGGCACGGCGGCAGCCGCGGCACCGCCGCCGCGGCAGCCUCCUCCUGCGCACUGGGCGCCAGAGCACUGGCAGCGGUGUCCAAGGAUUUUCCCACACAUGAUGGACGUGACCGGGAUGGCGCCGAGGCCGUUCGGCCCGACCCACCGCUUGUGGAUGCUCGGCGCGGGUGCGCGGCGGCUCGUGCACUGCGCGGCGCGCGGGCGCUGCGCCGACGGGCCGCGCGACGUGGACCUCCGCGCUCGCUGCGCGGAGGGGGCCGACGCCCGCCAAGCGGCCGCGCUGCGCCGCGCGCGGCAGGGGACGCACCGCGGCGGGCCCGUGCCGCCGAAGACAGACGAGGGCGGAGCCGUCCUCGUCGGUUGGAUGCGGCCCGGAAUUCUGGGCGGCGUUGGCGUGGGCUUCGUGAGGCCUGGCGCCCAGCUGGCAGCCCCUGAGGACUUGGCGCACUCCCACCUGGACACGACUGGGUUUGGCAUCGGCGUCGUCCGUGGCUCGCACCUCAUCCGGACCAGAUGCUCUAGGCAGACGGCCUCCGCACCCGACCUGGCGGCCUGGGACCCCUCGCGGACGGUCGCCGCCGCCCGCCAGGCCGAGCACCGCAACGCUGAGGUGUUGAGCCGAUCCGCGCAGCUGCACCUCCAGAGGAGAGCGGUUUCCUCCGGACAGUCGGUGGCGGGCCGCUUUGCCGCCACGCCAAGGGCUUGUACUGACAGCGUAGGCGCGCGUCGAGAAAGAAGAGCGUGCGACCGUCCCUCUCGGGGGCAGCGUCGAGGGGGGACGGGCCCAGGGGGGAACGCACCGACCCCCCGUCUUCAUCGCAGAUACGGGGCCUGGCAGCCCACCCCGCCCAGGAAUGUGCCUUGUCGCGAUCGAGGGCUCAUCGCCGGCGCAUCGGCGAUACAUCGCCGAUCCAAGCUCGACGACUCUCCCCGCGAGCUUGUCUCACCCUGUCGUUUCCCCUCACCUUCUCCUCGAGACCCAGGCGAGGCACGCCACAUUCGAAGGUGCCGUCGUGGUCGAGGCGGCUGGCGGCAGAUUCAGCGGGAGAAGGAAGCGUGCUAAAUGCCGGCAUGGCUAUGCGGCAGGAGUCGUGUUACAUGCCAGUUGUGUUGGGUGGCAAUGGUCGUUCAGGCCACCUUGGCAAAUCACAGGGAGCCACAGGGAGCGG